AUGCAGAGACUCCAACAUAUUCUCUUUGGCCUACCACCACCACCACCACCAGCGACGAACGACAAAUCCUCGGUUUCUGGCUCUAGCCCAGGCAAUUACCAACCAUCCAUCAGCGACGUGCUCCAAGUCAAAGAGACACUGUUGGAAAAGCUCCCACUAGAAUUAAUAGAUGUAGUGAUUGAUGCGGCGGAAUAUUGGCCCCAUACAACCAGUAUAAAUACUCCGCCGGCCGAAUCUCCCUUCUGUAUUAGGGGAGACGCUAAUCAUGAGAAUCAGUUCAUUCUGCGAACCCCUCCCUUGGGCUUUGUCCCCGUAUCAGAUUGGCGGAAUACUACCGCCGACACUGACACAAUCACCGAUGUAGGACCUGAGCUAGAAGGAACGGGACGGCUGUCAUGGUCUUUGGAUACCUCACCGAAGCUAGCCCAAAGUUCCGAUAUCCCCCAAGCCAAGGGAUCUCUCACCGACGAAGUCCUAAAGGGCUGGGAAGCCACGUCCAACCCUCGUGAAAAAUUUCCCUGUCGUAAGAUUGUCUUCACGAUCAGAAGUCGUGAUCAGGGCUGGGGAGGAUCCUCCGCGGACAGGGGUAGCUACCGAGGGUCAUUUACUUGGUUCGAUGUUGGUCUCGAAAGGAUGAUAGCAUACCGAGAAGGAACCACGGCGGAUGAUAAGGAAUAUGAUAGCACACCAUCUUCGACGUGUGAAUCCCCAAUUGUAUGCUCUACGUACACAGUCUUACCCGCAGCCGCUCCAGCCCCAAAUCCUGAUGAUCCCCCGAAUGCAUCUGAUCACCCUUUGCUCCCGGGCCCGAUGUGCAUCCAGAAAAAUGUCACUGCAGACCAGACGGCGAAGGAGCAUAGGAUUGUCUGGUCGGUCGAUGAUAAUAUAAACCCAGAAUCCCCCGAAGCAGAUGAACUGGAGAAUCGAGGUCGAGGGCGGGCAACGGCAACGGGAGAAUUCGUUAGGAAUUUGAAGCUUGGAGAUUCAGUUACAGUGUGGCAAAAGGCGCGAUUUCACGGUUGGGCUAAUUUUCUUGAGUACCUGAAGGUCGAGGUUUAUUGGGCAGUGUAG